ACUUAUGCUUUUAAUUUCGCUUUGCUCCCAGGGAGCGCGAGUACGUUUUCGUUUUGCUAACUUCAUAGGCCUUGAUCAGUACUGAUUCUACUUGACUUCACCAAGAAAAUAGCGCAUCGAAGCUUUCUUUGUUCAAAAGGGAUGGAAGCGGUCUCGUCGUCCAAUUGCCAAACACUCCUUCGGUCUGAAUUCAACCGCCUGGCAACCAUCCUAUCUCAGAAUCUACAGGAUGAGAAGACAGUAAGGUCGUUUAAAGCUUUCUGGGCUGAGGUCAUUCCCAAAAGUAAACUCGAUUGUGUCCUCGACGUUCGUGAGCUGUUAUUGAUUUUGUUGGAAGCCGGCCAUGUGUCACUUACCGAUCUUGGUGUUGUCAAAAGACAACUGUCCAUACUAGGGCUGUGCAGCAUGGUUCAGAUGUGCUUGCGGUAUGAAGCCAAUGUCCAGAGAAUAGCUUUCCCUACCACCUCAAACAGUCCUCUUCCAGGAACUGAGAAUGAGACAAAAGCUUGCAGUCAGGAUGGAUAUGUUGACGCCCACUUUCCAGUGAUGGAGUCAAAUGCUCUCCAUGGUUCACAUUCAAAGGAGGGUGCUGCUUGUCAUCAUAAUGAACCAGAAGAGUGUGAUGAGCAGCAGUUCUGCACACAAUUAAGUGGGCUAAUGCGAAACACAACCCCCACCUUGUCCUCUGUAUCACAGAAUGGAACAGAAACUAAUUUUCUGCCAGGAGAUACCCAGUUAUCCUGUUCAUUGACCACACAGACUUCUAACCAGACCAGGAAUCCAGAAACUGAAGUUGGAGUUCUUGACACUUCUCUGAUACAACGCUAUACUUCACCUGCCCUCCAUGCUUCCAUUCCGAACAUGUCUUGUCCUUUAAGAACAGCCGGUAAUUCAUUAUGGAAACCAUGUGUCCUGCAAGAAUUUGACAAACUGCAGGAUUUUUCACCGGAAGAAGUGCAAGCAUUACAGUGUAUAAUGGGCUUGGAUUGCACAUGGCAGAAUGUGGUCAGAGGUGUUGGUGUACGUGAAUUUUUAGUGUCUUACUACAAUAGUCCUCAUCUUAGACAGCUAUGUGAAGAGAUGAAGAACUUGAAACGUGAUGAUGUAGUCAUUGCACUACAUUAUCAGAAGUCAAUUCUGCCUCAGCUUGGACCAAAGCAAAAGGAAGAGCUGAAAAUUGGGGAAAUGAAGUUUACAGUGUGGCAUGUGUUUACUAUGGCCUUGAGUGUUGAGCAUGAGCAAGGUCUAGACUGGAGGUGGCUGGCAGAGAAGUUGGAUAUUCCUCAGUUCUGUACACAGCUUUGGAGACAGAAAAGCAAAAAUCCUGCAGAGGAAGUGCUAAAUUCCUGGAAAAAUAAAAUUAGUGAAGCCACAGUAGGGAAGCUCUUUGAUUACAUGAUCAGUAUGAAACGUGAGGAUUUGGCAGACCUUCUUUAAAGGUGAUAGUUUCUGGAAGCAGCUUGAAUUUUUCACAUACGCAGGAGGCUUUCAUAUCUGGUGAUGAACUCCAAGCUAGCAUCAGCUUUCCAAUGUCAGACUUGAACAGUUGUGGAGCCCAGUACAGAAUUCCCUUUCCUGUGUGAUUUGAAACCAGUAAAAGAACCCUGGAAUGCAUAUGAGGUAACAAGAACUUUGCAGUCACUGGGGCUAUCAAUUUCAGCAGGAGAAUCAAGAAAUGCAGUCUUGUCAUGUAUUAAGUAGAAAAUUACAGUAAGUAUGUUUACUGUGUACUGAAUUAAUACUAAAAAAGCAUUAUAUGCUUAUAUUUGCAUUUACUGUUGAACAUUUCCAGAUUGACCAGUCUAUGAAUUACAUAUUAUGGAGCAUGAAUCCUUAAAUGUAUGGUUAUGAUUAUUCAAAGGGGAUGGUGUUUUAAAUACAAUUUUUGGUUUGAGUUAGACAAUGAGAAUGUUGAUUUUUUUCCCUAUGUAUUUAGAAUAUUGUAUUAUACUAUUUAUGAUGAUCUCACCCUUCUUUCAAAGGUAAAAGAAAAUGUCAUAUUCAGCAGAAUUGCAAUAGUUUUGCGAUUGUUUUAAUGUAAAAACAUCCAUUUUCAGUUCUGGUUAUCACAGAUGUUUAGUCACAUUAGAGAUUGAGCUUUCCUAGGACAAUCAACAGGGAGAAUAUUAAAAAUAAAGUUAUCAAUUAAAACACUAAGCUAGCAAGCUAACCAUUAUUAUAUUAAACUAAUGUGAGAAACAAAUUUUAAAAAGGGUACUUGAUUUGGGUUUAGGAUCAAGAGACAGUUCCAAAGAAAGUCAUGAGAAGUGGAUAUGGCUUUGCAGUUUGACUUUCAUUCUAGUUCACAGUUUAGAGUCUGACAAAUUUUGUGAUUCAGUUUUCAAUAACAAAGGUAAGAUUUCUUUGAUACCUCU